AGAGCCCGGUGUUGAGCAGCAGCUGCAGCUCAGUGCGCCGCGCAGAGAUGGAGGAAGAGCUGGCCGCCGCGCAGCGCCUGUAGACCGGACAGGAGAGCGUCGGACGAGCCGGUGGGGAGGGGCGGAGAUGGGGGCAGACUAACCAUGGCUGAAUCCACCGACUGAACAUCCUCACUGGAAAACACCGGGAUCGCCUCGGAGAUCCGAUGAAAGCGUGUUGAGCCUCUCCUCGGUGGGUUGGCAUGGCCCAGUGAUGAACGGAGCGGCGCUGCCCGGUAGCCCGGAGCUUUCCUCCUCGUGUCCGCUGCCCGACUGGAGAGAGUUCUGCGAGCUCCACGCCAGAGCCGCGGCCGCCGACUUCGCCGACAAGUUCCAGCGCUUCCUGUCGGAGAACCCGUGCUACGACUCGCCCGGCGCCGAUGCCAGCUUCUCGCAGCACUUCGCCAACCACUUUCUGGAGUGCUUCUCCGCGGCGCUGACCCGGGCCAAGGAGAAACGGGCGUCCUCUCCGGGGGAGGACGGCUGCAACGCAGCGACCAAGUACAGCAUCGUCCCUUUCCUGGGGAUCCAGGGCUGCCCGCUGACCUACGGCCACGACCUCUACCAGCGGCGCAAAGAGACCGGGGCUUCGAGCGAGUCUCUGGACAGCAUGGACAGUGGAGGCGGGGGUAUGGACGGGGAAGGCGGUGGCAGCAGCGCCCCCUCCUCCCGGGGUCAGCAGAACCACAAGGUGUCCGUUCUGGGUCAGUCGCGCAGCUCAGAGGACGUGUCGGUGGGCCACCCGAAGGCCCGCUUCAAGAAGGGUUUCUCCCUGAGGAACAUGAGUCUGUGCGUGGUGGACGGGGUGAAGGAGAUGUGGCACAGACGGGCCUCCCCGGAGCCUGACGCCCCCUCGGGAGUCAGGAGGGCCAACGGGGCGGGAGGCGAGGCGGGAGGGGGCGAGAGGUGGUCCCAGAAGCUCCGGCUUCCCCGGAGCUCCCAGGGCCACAAGGCCGAGCUGCUGGAGAUCCAGAGGGAGGGGGCGCUGAGGUACAUGGUGGCCGACGACACGAACUGCAUGGGCGCCGCACAGUGGCAGAAGUGCCGCCUGCUGCUCAGGAAGACCAAGCGGGAGGACGGAGGGGAGAAGUUCCUGCUGGAGUUCUACGUUCCUCCAAAGUGUUCAAAGCCUAAAGUGAGCAUCCCCCUCUCAGCCAUCGUGGAGGUGAGGACCACCAUGCCGCUGGAGAUGCCCGACAAGGACAACACGUUCGUUCUGAAGGUGGAGAAUGGGGGGGAGUACAUCCUGGAAACCAUCGACUCUCUGCAAAAAAACUCCUGGGUUGCAGAUAUCCAGGACUGCAUAGACCCCGGAGACAGCGGCGAUGACAUCGAGCUGGCGUCAUGUCCUCACGGCCAGGCCUCCAAAGACUGCUCCAUGGUGGCCUCUUGCAGCUGCGAGCUGCUUUCUGAGGGUGUGUAUCGUGCUCCAGAGAGGUCCUGUCCCACAGCAGCAGAUCAUUACAGUGUCCCCUCAGUUCGAUGCAGGGAGCCUCCCUUCACUCAGCAUCCUUCACACAUGCCUUUAGAGCGCUUCCUGCAGUCCCCAGAGGCCCAGAGCUCCAACGCUUCUGCAGGUGGUGGCGAAGGAACAAAGGAGCCAGAGGGCGAUGCCAGUUUGGCAGGUUACCCGUGGUUUCACGGUACUCUGUCUCGCGUUCGAGCGGCUCAGCUGGUGCUUGCAGGCGGGGCCAGGAGCCACGGGCUCUUCGUGAUUCGCCAGAGUGAGACGCGGCCGGGCGAGUACGUCCUCACCUUCAACUUCCAGGGCAAAGCCAAGCAUUUACGUCUGUCCGUUAAUGAGAACGGCCAGUGCCACGUCCACCACUUGUGGUUCCACGCUGUGACGGACAUGCUGAGACACUUCCACGCCCACCCGAUUCCCCUGGAGUCGGGCGGAUCGGCUGACAUCACGUUACGCUCGUAUGUGCAGGUUCAGCGAAGCUCCGCUGCAGAUGCGGCCGUGCCUCCGGUUUUCACUCCUCCUCGGGACGCGUCCUGCAGAACGGAUCCCGUCCAGCCGGCCCUACACCUGCCCGGAACUGCCGCUCCUGCGGGGCCUUCGUCCGACGGGCCCCGGUCCUCCAGCACCUCGUCCUCGCCCACCGCCCUGCCGUCCCUCUCCCGGAGCGACCCCGGUACGGGGCUGGGCGGCGGCGGCCUGCAGAGCCGGAGCAACAGCUCCGAGCGCCUGCUGGAUGCGUCGAGCGGAGCGUCGGAGGAUUACCACGACGCCGACGGGACCCGCAGGGCCCGCGCCGUGGAGAACCAGUACUCCUUCUAUUAGACAACCAUCCUAAAAAAACAACAAACAGAAGAACAGCGUUUGGCUUGUGUGCUGCAAACACAAGGUGUCAAGGACAACUCCGCACAUUUAAAGAAACAACAAUAACAACAAAACCCUGAUCCAAAUCACUCCUCAUUUCCUCUGUUUAUUUUUGUCCCAGGGAAAUUUACUGGGAAGCAAAUGAUGCCAAACGGCAUGUCCACGCUAACAAAUUCCCCUUUUUGCUUGAUAUCAAGGACACAGAACAAGAGGUUAAGAUGCACAAAAAAAUAAUAAUAAAAAAAUCAUAAUAAAUAGAAAAAUCUGAUGGUGUGGAUGAUUGCAAGCGGAUGGAGUCAGAUGGUUUCGAUUCACUUCCUCUGUCCGUUUUCUGCUUGGCCUUCCCCACACUUCCCGGUGUCGCUGCCCUGCCAGAGGACUGAGAGUCUGAAAUGACCCUGCAGAAACCCCCCCGCCUUUCUCGCUCAGCUCCUCGGAGCAUCCUGUUAAUGUUUGUAAAGCUGCUUUGAAUCCGUCCCGGAUAUCCUCGCUGUCCCCCGAGGAUUUUCUCUUCAGAGUCCGGCUCCGGGUCCUUACACUAACACUGGGACAGCUAGCACAUGUGUUUGUGUUAGCUGAGAGGUAUUUUUCCUAAACCUGAACAGCCUGCGGGGGUCUGGGUGCCUGACAGUUAGCCUGAACUCAGAACAGACUGAAGCCGUCGAGGAGGAGUCCAUUAACAUCCCCUAAAAAUGUGAGUUUCAUCUCUGGUUAAAAUCAACAGUGCCUUGCAAACGUAUUCGUAGUCCUGGAUCUUUUCCACGUUCAGUCACAGGGAUUUUAUGUGUCAGAUCAACACAAAGUAAAGUAAGUUGUGAGAUGAAAGGAAAAUGAUACAUUGUUGUUUUAAUUUUUCUAAAUUAAAAUUUUAAAAAUGGGUUUUACAUUCAAAGUCCGCCCCCUUUUUUACUCUGUUAACCUAAGAAAAUGUUCGCUGUAGCCAACCGCCCUCAGUUCACCUGCACAAAACGUAAUCUCAGUUUAAAUCCAGCUGUUCUGCUGAGGCUUCACAGAUCAGCUGGAGAACGUUACUGAUCUAGAAGACCAAGGAACACUUGGAACUUUAAAUCGAGAUUAAGCUAUAAAACAAUAUUCCAAGUUUUCUACUGCACCACGAUCCAUGUAGUUGAAAGAGACAAUGAAAGACAACAAAAUGAAACGUUUUGCCCAACAUUAUACAUAAUGACUCUGAACGCAUCAUCCCCACGGUGGUAACGGUAUGAUGCUGUGGGACUUCUUUUCUUCAGUGGGGGCAGGGAAGUUGGUCGAAGAUGACGCAUGUAGAUAAAUACAAUGUGAUCCUGGAAGAAAACCUUUUAAUCGGCUGCAGAAGACUUUAAACGGGCCCAGAGGUUCAUGUUAUGAAGAGUGUGCUGUCCACCAAAUCCGACUGCAAAGAAGGACGGACAAGUAAACCUUUACAGACUCUUAUUUGUAAGAGAGUUUCAAACACAUUCACAACCUUCUUUCCAGUCAUGCACAACUCGGUGUUGAUCUGUCAUGUAAUAUACCAAUUAAAAUAAACUAAAGUUUGUAUUUUACAGUGACAAGUUGUGGGACAAGUUAGAGGGAUAUGGCUAUUUUUGCAAGGCCGGAUGUUAAAAGUGCCAUCUGCAAAGGCUUUUGAAAGUUUCAGCGAGGUCACCCCAUCCAGACGCAAGGUCAGGCGUUUGUUUUGCUGAAAAGUGUGAGAUAGUUUCUAUGAACCGGACAGGACGGCUCCCGUGUUAGCGGGUUGUUACUCUGAAUGUGUGCUAGUGUAUUAGAGUCCAGAUAUUUUUAAUGGUGUGUGUGUGUGUGUGUGUGUGUGUGUGUGUGUGUGUGUGUGUGUGUGUGUGUGUGUGUGUGUGUGUGUGUGUGUGUGGGUGCUGCAGAGGUGUUUCUGAAACAUGCUUUUCCGGGUCCCUUGGUUUCGUAUUCUGUAUUCACAUGCAUCACCAUCAAUGGUAACCUAUAGUUUAGAUUCUCUGUUGACAUAAGAUUAAUUUGAAAUAACACCUUGAGGAUUAAACAAAACCCAGCUUUAUUUGGGGGGACAUGUUUUCUUUUUGUGUGCGUGUGUGAAAGGCAGCGUUGGGGACAGUUGUGUGUUCUCUCCAGGUAAGCUUGUGGGUUUUGACUAGGACAAAGUGGUCUAGGUGGCCACCCUUGAAUAGAAAGAUGGUGUUUUGCUGUAUGAACUGAGGUUUUAAGCAAAUUUCAAGGAAAAAAUUGGAUUUACGCUCAAAGUACGUCACAUUCAGUUUGAAAAACAACCUCAUUUGGGUUAUUUUGCGAAUCCAAUAUGGACGAUAAAAUUAACAGACUAUUGCGUCUGACAUGCAGCGGCGAGGGCCAGGAACAAAUACCUUGUUUUUGUUCCGUUUGCCAAAAAGAUUAUAAAUGGCACAAGUUUCAUGUGAAAACUGUUCUCUUAAAGAAACAAAACCUCUACUUUUAUUGGAAACACAGUCAGGGGUGUUUCAUUGAGGAUGGCCACCGAGCCUGGAAGACGAUUUCAGUGAAUGGAGCAGCUCAUGUGCCAAUAAGAAUCCUAUUUUUUGAAAGCCAGUUAUUCCUUUGCCCAUGUAAAUGACAUUCUUCCUAUCGAGUCUUAUUUAUGUACAACCGGUUCUUCUUUAUGAAACAGUGGAGAAAAUAUUAAAAAAACCCAGCCCGGCCCGUCCCACGUCGGCGACCGCACUCCUUUCUGUUCUACGUGACUCUCCCACAGCUGAACUUUCUGUUGUCUGACUGAGUUUUGAAGAGUCUGUGCAAUUUUGUACAAAGUGAUGUAAUUGACAUACUACUUUAUAUUUCUGUGAAUAAAACGUGACUCUAUUGGG